AUGAAAGCACCUUGGGAUCUUCUUGCUCUUCGCACUCAAUACUAUGAAGCCGCAAUCAAAGCUAUGUUAACAUCCAUAGGAGUUCCAUUAGAAAAGUUGAAAUUUGUGAGGGGAACUGAAUAUCAGCUAAAUAAAGAAUACACAUUAGAUGUUUACCGUAUGUCAUCUGUUAUAACUGAUCAUGAUGCUAAAAAGGCUGGAGCUGAGGUAGUGAAACAAGUAGAUCAUCCUUUACUGAGUGGACUUUUGUAUCCAGGUCUCCAAGCCUUAGAUGAAGAAUAUCUAAAGGUCGAUGCCCAAUUCGGUGGUGUAGAUCAAAGGAAAAUAUUUACCUUGGCGGAAAAAUACUUACCUCAACUUGGGUAUGCUAAGCGUAUUCAUUUAAUGAACCCAAUGGUACCAGGUUUAACUGGAGGUAAAAUGUCUGCUUCUGAAGAGGACAGUAAAAUUGAUCUCUUAGAUAGUCCAGCUAAUGUUAAGAAAAAGCUCAAAAAAGCUUUCUGUGAGCCAGGCAAUAUCACAGAUAAUGGUGUUCUUUCUUUCACCAAACAUGUUGUGUUUCCUCUAAUGAAAGAUGGUGAAACUUUCAAAAUUUGUAGAGCACAAGAGCAUGGUGGAGAUGCUGAGUAUACAAAAUUUGAAGAUCUUGAAACUGCUUUUGCUAAUCAAGAUAUUCACCCUGGAGAUUUAAAAGCAUCUGUUGAGCAAGCGAUAAAUAAACUUUUAGCGCCAAUUCAAGCGAUAUUUAAAGAGCCUAAACUCCAAGAAUUGGCUAAAAAAGCCUAUCCACCACCUGUUAAGGUAAAGGCAAAUGCAGCUAACACAGAUGAAGUUACCCCCAGCAGAUUAGAUAUAAGAGUAGGUCGUAUUGUUGAAGUUUCCAGACAUCCAGAUGCAGAUGCACUGUAUGUUGAAAAAAUUGAUCUAGGUGAAGAAGAACCCAGGACGAUUGUGUCGGGUUUAGUUAACUUUGUACCAAUUGAAGAGAUGCAGGGCAGGGAUGUCGUGGUUCUUUGCAACUUGAAACCAGCAAAGAUGCGAGGUGUGGAGUCAAAGGGUAUGGUAUUAUGUGCUUCGGUAGAUGAACCAAAACAAGUAGAACCUUUGUUACCACCACAAGACAGUAAACCUGGGGAUAGAAUUGUCAUAGAAGGCUAUGAAAAUGGAGAACCAGAUGAAGUACUUAAUCCCAAGAAAAAGGUUUGGGAGAAAUUGCAGCCAGAUUUAAAAACAAAUGAGCAACUGUUUGCUGUAUGGCAAGGAAACAAGCUGCUUAGUAAGGUUAAUGGAAAUUCUGUAAUGACAAAGUCAAUGAAGAAUGCACCUAUUAAAUAA